AUGCUGAUGACUGAAGAAACCUCUGAGCGGAUUUGGUGGCAAUUCCAUAGCCUAUACAAGAGCUUAACUCAGACGGUCCAGCCAGAGAUUUCCUCACCAUCGGCCCUUCGGUUUCCGUUUAUUUACUCUAAGACGGAGGAGUUGGUCUGGCGAUGGGAUCAAUUAAGGCUUUGUGGCCAGAGUAUCGACAUUGCUCUAGAGACAGUCGAAAUACUGGACGACCAACCAAUCAACUGGUCGGACCGAGAUCACCAGUACAUUUCUGGUGAAGGAAGCACCCUCAAAGUCUUACCUCCAGCACAUCUCACCAAUCUGGACUGGGACGGGUACAAGAUUGGAAUUUUCCAAUCACCCACAUCAGUCAGCAGGAAGAUCAUUUUGCUCGGUUAUCGGAGCCAUGGUCCGAUAUUCAAAUUCCCGAGGUUUUUGCAUCCCCAUGGUCAGACUCGAUGGAGGAAAUUUCAGCAGCGUCGCGUUGGCUGGUCGACUGAACUCUGGAUCUCGGAUUGCGUUGUCAUUGAUCGAAUGAGCCCAGAAAAACAAAAACUGGUGAUAUCGGCGUUGCGAUCUAAAGAGAGUUCCGCGAGAGUUUUCAUCUGCAUCGGACUACCAGUCACCACAUUUGGCCCACUGUUCAAUACUAUCGUAUCCACACACAACGGUGGCACAGACUCUUUUGAGCUUUCCAAUGGCUUCAUUUGGGUAGAAGCCUUGUUGGACGUGAAGACGUUCUCGAUGAAAUCAGACACACUCCAGGACCCUAUCCACCAUCCAUUUCUGUACAUGCAGAAGCAAAUGGGCAGCAAGUCAUUAUUGGUAGAGGCAAAACUUACUUUCGAAUUGGCAACCUCGACCCGGAUGAAGACAGCUAUACAGGCUGAGUUGCUUGAAGUGUCCAAUAUUCGCACCACGUCUUCGCACAAACCAAUCACACACGCAGAACCUGAGAGCUUGGUAGUGUGA